CAUUUGCAUGUAUCAUGUUAGUGAAUUGUUUUGUUUACGCUAAACAGUUAAUUUAUUAACUUAAUUCAUAAAUAUUUUUAUAUUGUAUUUGGAAAAUAUGAAUUAUCGAUUAUGAUUAGAAAACAGUUUACGAGCGUUAACGUCAUCUUACCAGGUUUUUGCCAAAGUAUUUGAACAUGAUUUGAGAUUUAACCUGACUAAUAUUCGAUAUGACAUCAUGCCAUAAACUCGUGCGGUGUGGCUUAUGAAUUAAUAUAAAAUGUAUAAAAUUAAAUAUCUAUCUUUGUUUUAUUUGAAAAUGUAAUCAGAAUAAUCGAUAAGAAAGAAAAAGAAAAUCAAUAUGGCUACUAUAAUAUUAUUACUUAGUAUAACUUUAGUAUGUGGACAGGAGUAUGAAGGUUGUUUUAAGAGUCCUGCGGUGGAUCCUGAUUUAUCUUCCUUAAUUUCAAGUCGUAUUACUGCCCCUAAUGAAUGUAUCAAACAAUGUUAUUCGCUUGAUUACAUGUUUGCUGGAUUACAGAAUGGACAGAGAUGUUAUUGUGGUAGUAAGUUUGGUAAAAAUGGCUUGUCCGACUCUUGCAAUAUUCCAUGUACUGCUGAUGCAUCUAAAUUUUGUGGAGGUCAGGAAGCUAUGAGUAUAUAUUCGACUGGACAAAAAGGUCCCAGUAGACCAAGAGCUAUUCAAAUAAUUCCUCAAAAAGAUGAUAGUUUCUUAAUUACAUGGCAACCACCUGAUAUAUCAAAUGGAAAUAUUACAUCUUAUACACUGACUGCUGUUGCUAUUAAAACGCACAGUUAUAACAAUUUAUCACCGAUAGAAAGUCAAGUACAAGGUGCCACAUCUAAUAGUACUAUUUUAAGAGGUCUUCAACCUGGUACUAAGUAUAAUGUAUCAAUUUCUGCAAGUAAUUCUCAAGGAAUCAGUAAACCAGCUUAUGUUACUGAAUGGACCUCCAUAGGUCCACCUGAUAAACCAGCUACACCAGAAAUAUUAAAUCAAAAUAAUACUACCACAACAGUUAUGCUUUCUGAGGGAAGUAGCGAAAAUGGACCAGUGAGCGCUUAUCAAGUUGUAGUAGUUCAGCCUGGCACAAUACCUCCGGUUGGGUCAGAUGUUAUGUAUUUAAAUUAUGAAAAGUCAUUUCAAGAAGGUUUAGGUUAUUAUAUAACAGCAGAAUUUGAUGCAUCAGACUUUCAUAAUUAUAAAAAAUUUGUAGUAGGAGAUGGAAGAUUAAUAGGGGGAUAUUAUAAUGCUCCUUUAAAAACUGAACCAAUGAUGCCACAAAUAGGAUUGGUGGUUAUAUCAAGAGCACAAGGAGAAGUGCAGUAUUCCUAUUCUAAUUUUACCAACAGUAUUCAACAAUUUCAACAAGAUGAAUUUCAUCAAAUGGAUUCUGUUGUUGUCAUUAUUUUACGUAUAGGAAUUAUUCUUUUAGGAUCUUUACUUAUUUUAUCCAUAUUAAUAUUUUAUUUAGUAAGACGUCGUCAUGAAAAGGCCCAUAUAAUAAAACUUCCAGAGCAACAAGAAUUGACAUUACAAGGGCCAUUGCAUGAAGUAGAUAACAUGGGAUAUAUUCCAGAGGAUGUACCAGAAAGGGUAAAUCAUUAUCAAGAAUUGAAAAACAAAGUCUGGAGUAUACCACAAAAUAAUUUAUCAAUUGAUAAUGCAGUUUUACGUAGAGGGCGAUUUGGUACAGUUCACUCUGGUACAGUACAAAAAGAUGAUAAGACAUUUUCUGUAGUUGUUCAUACUAUAGCCGAUCGUUCAUUAAAACCGUCAGAUAAGCAAGCUAUGCUAAGAGAAUUAGAUGUAUGCAUUAAGACAUCAACAAUGAAAUAUCUUGCUGGUUUGGUUGGAACCUGUGAAACAUCAGAUACUUUAUAUGUUGUUCUAGAAAUGCCUCCACAAAUAUUGAAACAUUUAUUAUUAGCUGCUAGAUCUGGAACAAUAUUUCCAAUUGAUCAAAUGUUACCUAUUGGUUCUUCAAUUGCAUCUGCAUUACAACAUCUUGAAAAUUAUAAGAUCAUUCAUAAUCAUUUAUGUGCUAGAAGUAUAGGGAUUACCAAUGAUUGGAUACCUAAGGUCAUGGGUCAUGGUAUUGCAAAAUACGUCUUAGAAGAUGUAAAAUAUGCUCGUUGGAGGGCAACAGAAUGUUUUACUAGUAAAAAAAAGCAUCAACCAGGCGUUGUCUGGGCAUUUGGAAUACUUUUAUGGGAAAUGCUUAGUAUGGGUGGAACUCCUUAUUCAAAUCUUCAAUUUGAUAGCGAAGUUGAGGAAGCUGUUGAACGAGGUAUCAGAUUACCACAAUUACCAGAUAUGCCUGAUCCGUUAUACGAAGUGAUGUUAUCAUGCUGGCAAGUUGAUCCAGAAGAAAGACCAACUUUUGACGAGCUUGUGAGAUUGAAUACUUUAAGUAUAUGUCCCAUCACUACAUUUACAGAACCAUACAUUCCUGAAUUGGAGUUGAAUUAAUCUCAUUAAAUAUAUAAUAACUUAGAGUGACAUUUGAAUUAUUCCAUAGUAUUUGUAGAUAUAAUGUGAAAUGGUUAGUACUUAAAAUCAUUAUAUCUACCUCAGCCGACUUGCGCGACAAGAAGUAUGUUUGGAAGACUGACGAAAUCAUUUUGUUUCUUUUUUAUCUAAAAAAAAAAAAAAAAAAAAAAAAAAAAA